CUAUUUAACUAAGUUUAAGAGACGUGAGUACGAGCGUGAACUGAUUAGAAUAAACGUGGAAAUUUAACGGGCUGUGUGUUAUAUUUAAAAUUUUUCCAAUAGCUUACAACGAAAAUGAGUGAACUCUUGUGGGGAAUAAAAAAUGGUGAUUUGGAUCAAGUGCGGGAUAUCGUUGAGAAUAAGAAUAUUGAUGUUAAUCAAAUGAUCGAUGGAAGGACACCAUUGCAUUAUGCAGCUGAUUAUGGCCAAAAUGAAGUAGUCAGAUAUCUUUUGGAAAAGGGUGCAAAUGCAAAUGCUACAGAUAAACAUGGUAUAACAACAUUAUUGGCAGCAAUUUGGGAAGGACAUACAAAUUGUGUUAAAUUAUUAUUAGAAAAAGGAGCUAAACCAAAUGGAUUAACUCCAGAUGGAAUAAGUUAUUUGGAUGCUGCUGAAAAAGAUGAGAUCAAACAACUGCUUAAAGUUCACCAGCACAAAGCCAAAUAA